AUGAAAGACCCGUGCCGCGUAUGCGGCGUGCGCCUCAUUGGCAGCCAGUGCCGCUGGAUCUUCAACCCGUCGGGGAAGCGGCAGCUCCAGGUCAUCCUGUCCCACGUGCUGGGGCACGAGGUCGACCGCGACCCUGACGGCCAGGCCUCAGAGUUCCUGUGCGGCAAGUGUGUGUUUACGCUGGAGCGGGUGGUGCAGUGCGAUGUGCAGAUAGGCAGGCUGCAGGAGGAGCACGCCACUCAGGUGCAACAGCUGCAGCAGGAGAGGGAGCACCUGAAGGAGUGCGUGGCCCACGUCUACGGACGCCACAACCCCCCGCCUAAGAGGCCCGAUGUGGGGGAGGAGAACAAUGUUAAGGUCCCCCUCUGGAGGUCCGCUGAAGGUGGUGGAAGCGCAGAGGAUUACGGGGGAGGGCAGUGUACGUCAGAGGGGCAGACCAAGGAAGGUGCGGGGGAGGGGGAUGGUCGGGGGAGGCGCUCUGUGAGUAUGGACCUCCUGGGUGGACCGAGUGGUCGAAGGGGAGUCGCAGGUCGGUCAAGCUCAGCCCCCAGGAGGGUGCAGGCAGGGACAGAUCUCUGCCCGGUGAAGAACCCCUGGCUCCAGUCAGCGCGGCUCCGCUCCAGGAGCCUGAUGUACCUGGACCUGGUCUACCGCAAGGGUACUCUCUCCUCUCCCAGCUCCAGGCUUCGCUCAGCCUCGCUCCAGUCCCUCAAUCCUGACCACCCUCAACAGACAGAACCCCUGUGCCCCCUGCCACAGAGACAACGCAGAGAGUCGAAGAUACCAUUGAGGGAGCGUUUACCCUCAGUUGGCCCGGCUACCAGCAUUACCACACCCCAGAGAGCCCAGCCUUCCAUCAUCUCUGACCUGCUGCAGCUGCUGCGCUCCAUCCCCAGACGACCGGUGCCAGCUGCCCCCAGAAGCCGCAUCCCCAUCCUGCGUAGGAGGCCCAGCGUCGGACAGCCGCUUCCCCCAGGACGCAGCCUCACCCCUGGGGCCUGGCACAGACUGAGGCAGGCAGAGUGGAGGUCCCUCCAGGACCUCACGGAGGAGUUUAAGGAUGAUUACAUGCCACUCAGAGCUGAGGUUGUCCAGUCAGCCCAGACCCUUACUCUGUAGAGAAUUUAAAGGCCCUGGAAAUGUAGCUUGGUUAAACCAGACUGAAUGCUGCGCUCAUUUAUACAGAAUUGGGAUCAUAAAUUGUUUUGACUGAUUAAAAUCAAUAACUAAAUGGGAUUCAAAGCUGUUCUGUGCCCAUGUGUCCUAGUAUUGGACACAAUACUAUAACCCUCUGUUAACUCACUGUCCUUUUGGCCUUCGUUAGCCAACUCAUCCCUCUUUGUUGACAAAUGUUCCUGAAUCUUGUGCUUUACUUUUCCAGGGUUUCAAUGAGCAGCAGAGUGAGGUGAGCAGACUGGAGACAGCCAACAGGCAGUUGAGUGAGGAGAUGAACCAGUUCAGCGCAACCAACCAGAACCUCUCCAAGACCCUGGAGGACACCCAGAACAACAACAAGGUAGAUUGAGAGGGAAAGAGAGAAUGCAGAGCGCUUUGUUUUUAUAACAUAUAUAAAUGUUCUCACCAUGGAAUUUCCACCAUUUUGAAAUGAAUAGGCUAAACCUAGGCCAUCCUUCCAGUUCUACAGAAAUGGCUAUGGGGUAGGAGCACUUUGUAGGGGUGGAUUCAAAAUGUACCAUUAUGACGAAUCUAACAUGUUAGAGGCAGAUUAAUCUACUGUUUUGGCUACUUGAGGUCCCUGACUCCUUGUGUGUUUUAAUAGGCGCUGUCUGGUAAGCUGGAGGACACUGAGAACGAGCUCACCUCUGAGAAAAAGAACGCUCUGAAACAAGACAAAACCAUCCAGGGACUCACUCUGGUGCUCAAGGAAAAAGACAAAGAAGUAAGGUUGAUUUGUAUAUUGCUUUUUCAAAUGCUUUUGUCUCUCUAAUGAAUGUUGACCAUGACAACACGAUUUGAUCAUGUGAAAUGAUAAUAUACUGUUAUAUCAAUGUAUUACAGAAUGUUGACCUUUAUAGUUUCUCCCCAUAUGCUAUGCCAUCUGUGUUAUGCAGACGGAGGGCUUAUGUAACAUCGUCACACUAACCUGUCUGUCUGUGUGUGUGUUCCAGAUUGAAGAGCUGUGCCAUGAGAUUGAGGACAGGAACGAGGCUUUAGCCAAAGCCAGGGAGAUGGUGCACAAAGACCAGCUCCAGAAAUACCAGGUAAGUCGUCAGACCAGACACUUAGCAUUGGCCACAUUCCAGGCUCAAUACAUUGCAGUCGCAUUAAACUCAUCAACCAAUGGCUGUGUGCCACGUCAUUCACUGCACAGUCAGGCUUGCUAUGUCAUAUGAUGUCAUUAGCUAAACACCUAUAAAGGCAUUGUAAGAUCUGACAGGCAAUCUGCUGUAAUCCCAAUGUGUUGUCCCUCCAGGAUUCCGCAAUCACAGCCUUUUUUGCCAAAUUAACUAUUCUAUGCAUAUUUUGCGAGGGCCUGGAAAUUUGACCAAUCAGUGCACUAUUACCUCAUAAAACAGUAAAAUCAGCGCAAUAUUAGCGCAUAAAACUGACCCAUCACCGCCGUACAAAAAGAGGGCUCGCAAUUUCAACCAGUCAUCGCACAUUUACCUCAUAUGGUUCAAUCAAGCCCCACGUCAACAAACUUUUUCCCUUGUCAGCGCAUUUUCGUGACAAAUUGGAGAAAAUCAUUGCAUAUUGCCAUGCAAAUGUCAGAAUUGCCGCAGCAAAAUCAAGCAUUUUUGCCCGCAAAUAUCACAAAAAAAUCUCCCUGCUGUCCUGGAGGGACUGAAUAUGUGUAUCUGCGUGUUCGCAAAAGGUCACAAAAGCAGACUCCACACGCACACCACUCACACACUAAAAAGACAAAAAGAGGUCUCCUGCUUCUCUAACUGUAUCCACCAUAUUCAUGCUUUCCCCCCAGGGUGCGGAGGAGCACCAGAGCCUUUUGAUGGAGAAGCAGGAGGAGCUGGCCCAGCUCCAAGGGGAGCACCAAACCAAGCUGCUGGAGGCCCAGAAGCUGCAGCGCUCCCUCUGGAGGCGGGAGCAGGAGCUGUCCGACCUGCAGCAGGCCAAGGAGCAGCUGGACCAGGAGCUGGAGGAGUUCCAGCAGCAGAAGAAGAAGGGGGACAAGGCCCUCAAUGUAAGCCCAUAGGAGGAAUUUAUAUUGUGUCGUUGUGCGGGAAAGCUUUGAUAAUGGCAAGCUGGCAGCAGGUGUGCUGUUUGUUUUAUUACCACGUAAUUACAUGGUUUUAGCCGCAUGUAAUAUAAUGCAGACUGUAUUACCCAAAGCCAUUUGCCCAAAAGAUGAGGGUGACUUAUUUUCAGUGCUUUUGCUAACCACGUGACCCGACCAGGAAAGAAAACUCCUGACCCCAUCUGUAAUCAAUGUACUUUAUGAGCACAAGACGUUGAAAAUACUGUAUGUGUUUUUGGUUGAAAUGUAACCACUUUAUUCCCUCACAGUCAGUGUCAUUGUUCUAACCCCCAGGAGGUGCAGAACCAGCUGAAGAAGCUGACUGGGGAGCUGGGCGAGAGGGAGAGCAGCCUGAAGCAGCAGUACCAGGAGCUGCUGGAGCAGACCAAGAGGAGGCUGCAGGGCCACGAGGUCACCAUCCAGCGCCUCACCACUUGCCUGACCGACAAGGAGCAGCAGCUGCAGGUAGAGAGAGAUACUGCAGGAGGGCAAUGAAGAAGAAAUGGAUAGUCUGAGAACCUGAGAAACUUUAGGUGACACCAUGGACAUAUAAUCUAAUCUAUAGAAGGGGCUUAGAGCCUCUAACCCUGACCAUUUGAAGAGGCCCGUUCUAUAGAUUCUAUGGGUGAAACUAGGUAUAGAAGGUGUGCUAGCACGGGAUCUUUUUUUUUCUGUCUCUCUAUUCUAUCUUGUUCCUCUUUCUUUCACACUCAAUUUUUUGUCUCCCUCCUCUCUCUCUCUGUCUAUGCCUCUAUUCUCGCUCUCUCUUCCUCUCAGGAGUACAUGAACAUGACGAGAGACAUGGAACAGAGCAGAAGUCCUGGGGGAAGCGACACCAUGCUGUCAAAGCUGCGAGAACAACUGAAACAGAAAGAGAAGGCUCUGGAGGUGUGCUUUCCAUCAAUGUCUUUUUAAAAUGAAAUAUUUCACUCACUCACACACACACACUUUCUCUCGUUUUCUAGCUCCGUCUCAUCUGACAAAGAAUGUUGUAAGCAUCCGCAGUCUUCAAUAUCAGCCUUUUUUAUUGCUCCUCCACAGCAAGCGCUGGAUGAUAAGUUUGAGGCGCUAGAAGAGAAAGACAACGAGAUCCACCAGCUGCACCUGUCACUCAGGGAGAAGGCGAGGGACCUGGAGAGACUCAACAACCUGCUGUCUCACAAUGAGGACACCAUUAAUGUAGGGUCCACUAGUGUUGCUCACACUACCUUGACUGCUCAGUGCUCACACUACCUCUCUAGCGGGUGUUUGCAACCCCUAGACACUUGUGGAGAUCUGAGAGGAUUUGAUAUAGAUCCACCUUGCCUUAAAGCUAAAAAGCAUGUUCAAUGAAGUCUCAGAUGGCACAAUCUUUUCCACCUCUUGGUCUCGCACACAUUUUCUCUCUCCCUCACUCCAGAGUUUUGACAUGUUGAUAAAGGAGAAGGAUGUGGAGCUGCAGCACCUGGCCAACAUGCUGAAGAACCUGCAGUGGGCCAAGCAGGACGUGGAGGACAACCUGAACCGGGCCUGCAGGGAGAAGGACGCCAUCAUUAGCCAGCUGCAGCUCUCCCUGGAGGGCAAGACCAAGGACAUGGAGGUAGGCUGCUGAGACACGCACUGAGAAACAUGCUAACGAACGCACGCACGCACCCACUCACCAACUCACUCACCCACCCACUCACCCAUCCACUCACCCACCCACCCACUCACCCACUCAUUCACUCACUCACUCACUCACACAUUGACACAUACUGUUGUAGAAACAUUUGACUAGAUAAUCAACUCAAAAAUAUCUCUCAAGACACCGGAGCUUGUGUAUUCAAGAAUUAGACUUUAUUGAAUAAAAAGCCUGAGCUUUGCUCCAUGGAGCAAACAACUGUCUUCCUUUAGCUUAGAGCUCCCUUUUAUACACACAAAUGCAUAAUCAUGUUACAUAGCAUAUACAGUCCCUCCCCUUAGGGCAAAUGAUUAACUUAUUUUAGUACCACUCUACCUUAGCUUUCAACGUCCAGAUGUCACCUGUAAUGUACUCCAAGAGGUCAUGGGCGCUUUUCCACAGGAAGCCUCUUCCCUAAUCGCAUUAUAUUGGUAGCAGACCCUUUCCCUAAUCUCAUUAUAUGGUUGCAGACCCCUUCUUUACAAAUAAUAUACGUACAUACAUUAAGGCAUUUAUCAUUUACCAUCCUCCCUGGCCCUUGAGUUUAUGUGCAUGUGGCCAUGUGUCAGGUCAUAAGGUCAUAAGCAAAACAAAUGCUAACACUAGUUCCAUUGUUACUCCAAUCUCCACACAGCCAUCACGAGGAGUUGUAUCUCCAUCACAUGUCAUUGACAUGCCCAGACCAUCUGCAGGGAGUUUAUGAUAAACACAUAAAUGUCUCUGCUUUGACCUCUCCCUACAUUUGCCUUAAUGAUACAUAAAAUAAUACCAUAUAAUCCCCCCUAUGGGACAUUCCACCAAUGUCCCAUCAAUACAAAGAUUAAUCACCCAUAUCACAAGUAUUAUAACAAUCAAAAUAAUCAAUAUCCAUAUCUAAUCAAGUAAUUGCCAUGUCAACAUCACUAAGCAUUAAUAUUAAUAAGUUAUUCAGAUCAGUCAAUCAACUUAUAAUUUAUAAUCAUAAUCAAAUUAAUUACCCAAAACAACUUUAGAAUGACAAUUCUUAAUUAGUCACCUUUGUUCCAUCAUUCAAAGUUAAAACUCUCACCUUGGCACAUAUUGAUACUAGCCGAAUGUAUAUUUAUAAUAAUUCUAGCAUUAACUUCCUCAUAACAAGAAUUACAUCAGAUCAGUACCCUAAUGCAUUGUCCAAAUUACUAUAAAUUUAGUAGUGUAUAAUACCUCCUUAAUCAACAUAAUACCUCAACUAACACUCCCUUCCUCUACCGGCACUCAAUCUUCUGGCGUCUUCAUUAUGUUCUUCAUAGUUCAUCUUCGAUUACCCAUAGCAAUGUCCCAAUUCCAAUGUCACACCUGAACCGCCACACCUCCACCAUCAUCCUGUUUUGUCCAUGUGCAAACCAGUAUAUUGCUUUGAUUUGAUGCUGGAUUCAGGUCUCCUGGCAGAAGUGGUUCAGACAGGAACGUCUUCAACGCCUUUGUUGUUCCUCUUCAGCCGAGUAGAGGAUUUUUGGUUUUUAUUGAGGUUUACACCGUUCUGGGCCAAAUUAUCUCUGCAAUGCAUUACGACACCAUCCGUAGCAACCUCAGGAAAGGACAGAUCAUAACAGUUCAGUUGAGUUAAUUUCCAAUCCAAAACAUCCCUAUUAACAUUGUCUACAUGACAAAUCAUUAUGUUUCACAUUCUCCCUUGAAUUCUCCCAAAUUAUAUAACCCAAUUGUUUUAUUGUAACAUUCCUAUAUUUUUGCUCAUACUCUAUUUGACAUUACUCUGGUGUUUCCCUUUCCUUGUUCCUAUUCUAACAAUUGCUUACACUCUCUUCUAAUAACACUUUCAACCUGGAAAUCUAACACCAAAUAAUACAUCAAAUUGUUUAUCUAAGUAUUGGACUGUUUUCCUUAUGUCUAUGAUUCACCUGUCUCUUUCUUUCAUUAUCUUAAGGUCACACUACCCCAUGUGACUUCCCCAUACUCUUUGUGCUGGUUUCUCACACACCAAUAAUAUUUUAACCCUUGUAUUCUAAUAGUGAUCCCUUCUGUGUCUUUUCCUUCUGCUCUUUAUUAUUAUCAGUACUCCAUUCCCCUUAUUCUCAGGUAACUAGUCAAGUGUAGAGAAAUCAAUGAUAAGGAUAUCUGGUGCGUCUUGGAGGUCUGGAAUCUCUCGGCGGUCUGGAAGGUCCUUAAAGUCUCUUAAUCAUCAGUUCCCUCACUCUGGUACAAUGGUUAAGAUGAUACCCGAUACUCCCCUCUAUCCGUACCAUUGUUGGUAUAACCUGGACAACGAUGUGUAUGGUCACUUCAAUUGUUAACCUUCCCCCGUCACUAGGGUCUCCGGAUCAGCCAGAGUCCCUCUCAAUCUAUCGACAUCGGUCUGUGAAAAGUGUCCUUCUAUCAGCCUACCCAUAGGGAAGCUCAGAGUUACUGCUGCAAAGACACAAGCACAGACACACACAAAAGACAACAAUGCUACCCAAUGGCUGAGGUUGGAACACUCCUAUAGUGGGAAACAUGAAUCUUAGUAUCUGUCUCCACCACUUUUCCCAUCAUUAAGGUAGCCAACCACACCUGGUACAGGCCCCUCCACAUAGGGUCUUUCCAGCUCUUUCUUAUGUAGUCUUUUGCCAUCACAUAGUCUCCAGGGCACAGAAAAUACUCAGAUUCUCCUACUCAUUUGGGCAGAGUUAUCUUCACCCAUGAAAAUAAAAUCUUAAGAACAUUGUUAGGUUAGGUGAGACACAGUAUGCUACUAAUGUCCUCUCAUCCUCUCAGCACACUUGCUUCCAGCUUGUUGUAGUCCACUUAUUUCAUGCCUCCUAUCACAAAAACAAAAAAGAUUUAACCUAACCCAUAACACAUUAUUACUACUGCUCACAUCCUUAAUACACCUUGCAUACUUCCCCACAAAACCAUAAUAAACCAUUAAAACCUCUGUAAUCCCAACUUCCCCCCUUGGACACAUACAUCACAUCGUGAUUCAUGUGUACAAAAAACAAAACAACAACAAUAUUGCCUAUUAAACCAAAAAUAAUAACUAAACUGAAAAUGACAACCCUUGAGCAUAUAUUUACUUAAUUGUAUCCCAUAACACUAUUCAAGGAGUACCUCUCUUUCAGGACUAACUCUCUCACGUCAUCCUUGUCCUGUUUGGACUAAUUUAUAUAAAUAUAUAGGAUUUUUUCCAAAUUAUAAACUUCUUCACAAUUAUCCUUAUUUUAUCUAACUCCCUAAUUCAACAUGCCUCUAGAAUUCAUAGUGCGGGUGAUCAGGUCGCACUAUAAAGCCAGGACAGAUUUCAGAGGUCAUUGAAAUCCUUCAAUGAAUUGUUUCAUCCUAUAGUAUACUACUUCUAACAACCAUCAAAACCUUUCAUAAAUGUUGUAAUUCCUUAGUACAGCUCUUUUCAAAAUAAAUCACACAUAUGUACUUAUCCCUCAGUAAAUAAAACCCAAAUUACAUGUGUAUGCCCCUUUAAGAUAUUUCACUUCCAUCCUGUCAAAAAAAACCAAAUAGAAAUAAAAAUCCUAUACAGGUAACAUUUCAUACUAAGUAGUUUGUUUGUGGAUAUUUGAACACCAUAUAAUAAAACAAUAAACAAACAAAAAUGGCCAGGCCUUAUUUAUUUUGGUAGCCCCCUAUGACAACCUAAAAAUAAAACUACUUAAUUUUACUAACUAGUUCCACCCUAGCCCAAUAAAGAAAUCCCCAUGUUCCUGGAAGAGAAAGUAUACAUGUCGUUAACAUAUAAUCAACAAUCCAAAGAUAGUAAUUACACACAAAACAUCAUACAUAUAUCCCCAGUCCUAUCUCAUCAACAAUCAUUAACCCCAGCAUUGAUUUAAAAUUGUUUGAUACGUCGUGUCCUACUUUACCCCUAACAUAAUAUUAUAGGAGACUCCCAUCAACCCUUAAAAGAAACUCCCACUUAGAAGACACUAGAUAACAACACAUUUUAUCAAGUUAACUACACCUUCCACUAUAAACCUAUAACCCCUUUUUAGUAAUCUAAACGUCGCAAACUGUUGCAUUGAUGUUCUCUUUUUUUUUUCUUCUAAAAUAUAAACUUAUUGUUUCAUAAUCCAAAACCCAUAAAAAGAUGUCUACUUAAUCCAUCAAGUCAACAGCAACAACUACCUCCCCAGGUUCAACGUACUAUAAACGAAUUAUCGCUAUCUGAAGUAAUAAAACAUCAUCAUAACUCACUGCUGUUUAAACAACCUAUAUAAUGUCAUAAUAAAAUGAUCAAUUAUCAAAUAUCGUUCCUUAUUCAACUAUCGAGACAUGUUCUUCAUUAGUUAAUCGUCUCCACAAAGCAAUAAUACCUAAUAUCCUAUUCUCAUUCUCCUAAGUAGAAAUAAUUACUUAUAUUAAACAAUCCCAUUCAACAUUAAGUCAACCUGUCUCAUCACCCAAUUAACUUAUUUUUUAAAACCCUCUACAAUAUCUAUCAUACUUUACCGCUAAUUUCCCUCAUAACGGUACCUCAACAGAUGACAAAUUAUUUUAUAUUUAUAGUAAAAACCAAUAAAACAUCCAAUUCACCAAUAUGCAAUUUCAAUUACUAUGUUAUCCUAUCCAACAUGGAUUGGUAGGACAACAUAUUUCCUAUAAUGUUAUCAAUGAAACCAGUAAUUCACAUCAACGUAAAAUAUUUGCUUUCUGUCCCUCACUGGAUUCGAACCAGGGACCCUCUGCACACAUUGACAACAUUCACCAUCGAAGCACCGAUACCCGUCGCUCCACCAGUGCCACACAAAGCAUCUACUUCCAGUUCAUAGAGCAAGUGACGUCACCCAACGAAAACCGCACUAGCUCUCACCGCUAACCAGCUAGCAAUGUCCUGCCGAUAACAAUAAUAAUAAUAAUAUGCCAUUUAGCAGACGCCUUUAUCCAAAGCGACCCACAGUCAUAAUAUUCAAUCUCCUAUGACUUCCUACAAAAUACGCAAUCCUUGUGCACUUAACGUAACCCAUAAUAUCCCUUAUAGCGCUCUCACGUUUCAGCAAGCCCCAAUGUCCAACAUCCACAAACAAAAAUGGAAAUUCUUCAAUUUUUCCUAGCAGAUCUAAUAAACCACUUUCAAACAACGUUCUGCAUUUACCUCUAUCAUAGGGUUUAAAAACGAACUUAACAACAUUAACCAUCCUAAAUUGCCGUAGUAACAUCAUGUUUGGUUCAGUUGAUCUAUUACCAUAUAAGACAUUCACUUCUCCAUGCGUCGUAAACUAUAUCCUAUUUCUCCUGUAAUCAACUAAAAUCAUAGCCACGCAAUUAAACCAUCACUCCGCCAUUAUCAGAAUGAAUGAAUCUAUUAAUCUAUCCUUUCUAAGUAAGCUACAAGUAACACCAAACACUUGCUGUAGUUUACCAUCAUAUAUUGAAAUCAUCCAUUUAUCACAAUCCAAUUUAUUUAUAGACAUAUUCCACCAUUGUCACUCGUUUAAUCCAGCAAAACCUUAUUCAAUGACUCCCACGUACUCUCCUCUCCAUACCCGUUAACAUUUUAGCAGAUGCUUUUAUUCCAAACUACAUUAUUAUACUUAUACUAGCCCCCCUUGGGAAUCGAACACCCAACCCUGGCGUUGUAAGCACCGUGCUCUACCAACUGAGCUACAGAGGACCACAGAUGAGCGCACAGUGCCCUCCUCUGAUAAUACUAUAAUUGUAGCCCAUCGCAUUACUUUAGUUCAAAACAUAAGUUUGUUUAUUCAACAAAUCCAGAACCCACUAUAAAUUGAUGCUAUUCCCUCAGCAUAAAAGCCAAAGCUCCUUGCAUCCCCUGGUUUACGUAAUGAAAAUACAUUAUCAUUCUACAAUUCACCAAAUAUUCGCAUACACCACUGGUGACGCAAACCAUAGAAUAAAGUAAUAACAAUUAGAAUUUUGUCAAAUAAAUGUUUUCCAUCCAACUAUUCAAACUUUCUUUAAAUAACUAUUUCAGCACGAUACAGUCAAACAAGUAUGACUCUCUUUUAACCGGAAACUAGUUCAUGGCAUUAGUAAAAUCUAUUCACAUCCCAACAAUAACUAAUAAUAUAUGUAUAUUCAUAAUAUUAAAAUACCUUACUUUCAUUCCAGUCUACCUAAACAAUUCAAAUUAUGGCCAUAACUCUAUCGCAAUUGCCAGUACGCUAUUCAGACUAUAGUCACUCCUCACUCCUUCCCGUUGAAUAAGUGAGUCCUUCAGUCUGAAAAGAGGCAGGCUACUCGAUCUUCCAAUCUUAUCGUGACUGUUCCUUCAAUCUAAACAACCCACAACUAUAGCUAAACUAUACUUAAAAAACCUAGACUCUGUUCAGCGAUGCAGAAUCUAUGCUUUAUUGAAAUGACAAGUUAAUCCCCUUUUAUUCCAAUGAUAAUGGUCAGUAGUUUUAGUAUCUGACACAUAUCACACUUUAUCAGAAAAUAGCUUUGAAGGACACAGAUCUCACACGCUCAACGUAAUCAACUUAGCAGUCAACAAGUCAAACCCCACAUUCAUUGAUUUGGAAACAGAUCUAACGACCUAACCAAAUGAAUUAUAUAUCUGCUUCUGAAAUAAUAGAUAGUUUAUUAUAAUGUUUAAUUAUAAUGUUUAAUUCCACCUGUCCUAUAUACUCUCUCCCAUUUCCACGUACGUCUACGUGUUUGAGCAAGUCAACACCUAUAAUUUUAUCCAAUCCCUCGUAUUAAAUCACACUCACAUAAAAUUCAUUAUAUUCCAAUUUAUUCAUAUCUACCAAACCAUUCAUGUUUCUAAUUAUUCUUUAUUGCCACAAAUCAGUUAAUCACCAUCUAGUCUCAGCAGAACAAACAACAAAUUACCCAAAUCCUUUCCCUCAGUCAUAGAAUCCUCCUAGAAUCAUAUAUGCUGGUCACUAUUCCCUGAUCUUACAAAAUUCUAUGACAGGCAUUGUUGUACGAAACUCCAAGAUAUAAUUUACAAGAAAAGCUUAUUAUUCCAACGUAUAUAUAAUUAUCAAACACACCUCUUUAUCUCAUCAUUCAAACUUCAGAGUGCGACUAAUUUACACCAUUAUACCACUUUUAUUCCAUAUUUAUACAAUGUUGUUCUUAAACGCCCUUAAUUACUUUGUAUAACCUACAGGAAUAUUUUAUUCUAUCAAAGGGCCCAAAUUUGGAAUGUUAACCCUAUCCUAGUUAUUAUUUUACUGAGGUCAAUUUAUCAUAAUACUGCAUCACCUCUAAAGUUUCUAAAUAUAAUGUCAGAAACAUACCCUAACAGAUUUAUCAAAAUACAAUGCAUUAACGUCAUAUGACCACACCAAUAAACGUGACCUGUUCCUCCAACAGGAUUUAUUCUACCCCUCCUGGUAACGUGAAUUUUCUACACUCAGUUGGUCAAUGAAUAUCCACGCACCAUUUAUUCUUCUCUUUCCUAAUGUGAGAUUGGGCACACCCUUUCUCCAUCAGACAGAAGCUUCAAACAACCUCAAAUAUAUUUCCUUUCCUUACAGAAAGGCUAUUUACUUGCAGGGUUUCUUAUUAUUCUCACUCACACAGAUGAGCAGCCACUUGUGCCCAAAUGAAUCAGACAGUUGAAUGACUCACAGCCGCACAAGCAAACCAUUCACCAUACGAGAUGAGCAGACCUACUCUUAUUUAACACUUUCUCUAUAUUUUGAAGCCUUGUAGCUAUUUAACCCGUUCACCUACUCAGGAUGACCGGUGUUACUCCAAUUUAUGGUGUCACCUACGCCGGAUGACCUAACUUUUUUACCUGAUCUACCCUACCUAAUAUUGGCAUCAUCACAACACAGGAUGAUUCCCUACCUACCUGUGCAGACCUCCAACAAAGAAUUUCUCAUCAGAGCGGUAUCCGUAAGUAGCCACCUGUCCGUUCAGUCCCCUGGAAUGCUAAUUUUAGCUCUCCAAAGCGGUAUCCACAGGAUUUCUAUUUAUUUAGCCCCCUAGGUAUUACACUUCCUCAACACACCUGGACUUCUACUACGCUUUCCUAAGCGACCUGUAAAUUCUGCCCUAUUUUUUCUGUUACACUUCCUCAACACAGAAAAAGAAGCGGUAUUACACAGGAUUUCUGCCUACCUAAGCAGUCCUCAAGACGAUUCACUCCCCCAACACGUCUAAAAGCGGUAUCUGCAGGACUUAACAUGUUAUUGUCUGAUCGCUCAACCAGCGGGACAACCACCCGUGUCGAAAUGACCCAGACAGAGCGAUCAGCAAGAUGAAUCAAAUGAAUCAAAUGAAUCAAAUGAAUCAAAUGAAUCAAAUCAAUUGAACAGACGGUUCAGACAAACAACAGCGACAUGUAUUCUUAAAUUCAAAAGCUCCUAGUGUCUAACUUUCUGGUUCUUAAAUUUGGAGAGACCUACUUGGUAUUUCUUUAGAUGUUGCCGAGCCCCGGAUCGGACCACACAAACGUUAUACUAUAUUAGUAAGAACUUGGCUUACCUUUUAAAAGCGGCCGCUUUUGUUUGUAUGGUCCGUCCAAGCCGUUUCACAACUGCAAAUGUAUACCGUCACUGAUCCCUAUCAAGUCCCAUCUGGGGUGCCAAAUAUGUUGUAGAAACAUUUGACUAGAUAAUCAACUCAAAAAUAUCUCUCAAGACACCGGAGCUUGUGUAUUCAAGAAUUAGACUUUAUUGAAUAAAAAGCCUGAGCUUUGCUCCAUGGAGCAAACAACUGUCUUCCUUUAGCUUAGAGCUCCCUUUUAUACACACAAAUGCAUAAUCAUGUUACAUAGCAUAUACAGUCCCUCCCCUUAGGGCAAAUGAUUAACUUAUUUUAGUACCACUCUACCUUAGCUUUCAACGUCCAGAUGUCACCUGUAAUGUACUCCAAGAGGUCAUGGGCGCUUUUCCACAGGAAGCCUCUUCCCUAAUCGCAUUAUAUUGGUAGCAGACCCUUUCCCUAAUCUCAUUAUAUGGUUGCAGACCCCUUCUUUACAAAUAAUAUACGUACAUACAUUAAGGCAUUUAUCAUUUACCAUCCUCCCUGGCCCUUGAGUUUAUGUGCAUGUGGCCAUGUGUCAGGUCAUAAGGUCAUAAGCAAAACAAAUGCUAACACUAGUUCCAUUGUUACUCCAAUCUCCACACAGCCAUCACGAGGAGUUGUAUCUCCAUCACAUGUCAUUGACAUGCCCAGACCAUCUGCAGGGAGUUUAGGAUAAACACAUAAAUGUCUCUGCUUUGACCUCUCCCUACAUUUGCCUUAAUGAUACAUAAAAUAAUACCAUAAUACUUACGUACACACCCCCGUAGAUAUACAUUCACAUAACACAUAGACAAACACACAGUUUGCAAUAUACUCACAACGCAGUAGUUCUUUUAAAAACAUACUCACAAAAACGGACACUCACUCGACACAGUCAUACAGUAAUAAUAUACUGCUAUCUUAGAUCAUGUCUCUCUUGGAAAAAAAGGUUUAUCUCUAAGGGACAAAGCUGGAUAAAUAAAGGUUGAACAAAAAUAAUAUUAAACUCAUUCUUUCUCUCCUUCUCUCUCCACACCCCUCUCUGUGUGUAGGAGAUGGCGAGUGCCCUGCUGAGCCAAUCCCAGUCUCAGGCCCGUGACCUUGCGGAGCAGAUGGGUCAGAGGUUAAAGGUGACGGAGGCCAUGCUGGCAGAGGCGGUCAAGGCCCGGGUGAGGCUGGUUGCGGACAACGAGAGCACCGUGGAGGGCCUGCUUGCCACCAUCAUCAGCAAGGACCAGCUUCUCAAGGUACACACACACAUACAUGUUCAUAUCCUCCACUCUGUCUCAGAACACAUUCAUCAUUUAUUUGUCAUUUCUACAGAAGGUUUAGUUUUAUGAUCUCUCAUGUCUGUGUUGUCUUACCAGGAGUCAGCGGAGCACUAUAACCGCACACUGUCUGAGCGCGCCCAGGAGAUCCAGGAGCUGAAGAGACAGCUGUUUGUCCGCCUGCAGCAGCUGGCCUCAGCAGAGAAACAUAGUUCCACGGCAACACAGGAGGGUUACCUGGAGAUUGCCGAGCUCAGGGCCCUGCUGACGGAGAAAGACUCCAUCAUCAACGUGAGUGGGACUGAAAGCGCUACUCAAUUAUUUGGUUAAAUGCAUUGUAUAAAAUGUACUAUUGUGUAAAUUGUGGGGGGAUGAUUUUUAAGAGUUUAGGAUUUAGAUGGGUGCUGGCUACGCUAUGUGUAGGAUUUUGCUCCUGCCCAGCUCAAACGGACGCAAAAUGGAAGACACUUUGGUUAUUUGUGUGUUAAUGCUGGGCUAGAACAAAAGCCUGCACACAUCGUUGACCAUUCCUGACUUCUCUUGCAAUAACAUUGAAUAAAGAUAAUUGCAAGGUUAUUCAAUUGCAAGGCUAUGAACUAGAGAGCUCCAGUGUGUUAAACAUUUGAUUUCCUCUUCAAGAAACUUCUGGAGCGUGGGCAGGAGAGAGACCAGUUCCUGGCUGAGUUAGGGCAGAAGGAGCCUGCACCGCCUCAGGUGUUGGAGCUCAGACAGACCAUCCAAGUGCUGCAGGAGAGGCUGGAGGAGAGGGAAGGUGAGAGACUCGUAUCUCUUAAAGCUACAGGCAGGUCACCAGUAAUGUGAGAUCAAUGACUUCAAGCAAAGGAGGAAGGCAUUUUCAAAGCAUUCAGGAAACGGGGGAAAACUUUUGGUUGAACGUUGCUUUCUUUGGGAAAGGUAACCCACUAACAUUGUCCUCAACUGCUCUGUCCCUCUCUGUAGCGGAGCUCUCCAAGAAGAACAACAAUGAGGACAACAUGGAGAAGGUCCCUCUCACCAAGAAGACUCUGGUCAUCCUGAAGAAGGAGCUAGCUCAGAAGACUGAUGCUCUCAACAAGGCUCUGAAGAGGGAGAAUGAACUCAAGGUGAACUAAAAGAACACACUAACACCCCUGCUCAUUUAAAGUGUAUCACUUUUUUGGUCUUUUGUUGGCUUGUCAUUCUUAGGCACAGAUCUAGAAUCAGCUUACCCUCCACAAAUCCUAAUAUUUAACCAUUAGAAGGAAAAACUCAAAACUGACCUUGAUGUCUUCCUGUGUUCCAGAUGUCCCUGGCUGAUCUCGAGUCAGUGUUGUCUGAGCUGGAGGGGCGUAUCGAGGUCCAGGCGGCCAGCAUAGACUCCCUCACCACCACUCUUGAGACCAAGGACGCGAUUAUAAAUGUGAGUGGAUGGCCAGUGGCACUUCAAUUUACCCAGAAAGACUCACAGCUAUAAUCGUUGCCAAAGGUGAUUCUAACAUGUAUUGACUCAGGGGUGUGAAUACUUAUGUACAUUUGAUAUUUUAGUAUUUCAUUUUCAAUAAAUUAGCAAACAUUUCUAAAAACAUGUUUUCACUUUGUCAUUAUGGGGUAUUGUGUGUAGAUGGGUGAGAAAAAAUAUAUAUUUAAUCCAUAUUGAAUUCAGGCUGUAACAACAAAAUGUGGAAUAAGUCGAAGAGUUUGAAUUCUUUCUGAAAGCACUGUAUGUGUGUGGUGACAGGACCUCCACCAGCAUCUGGGCCAGACAGGGGACAACCAGACCCGUGAGACCCAGGAUCAGGCUGCCAGAGCCGGGGUCGAGCGCUCACUCCCUGACCUCCCUCAGACGGAGAGAACCAUCAUCGGUGGAGACAGCCAGCAAAAGGUAGCACCACAAAAAAGCAAGCCCUGCCUGAAACGUAUUUAUGAGCUGUAAUGUGCCAUCUAUCUUCAGCAAAAUGGUAAUGUCUGGAUGUAUCAAAGUCAAGUGUUAAGAUGUCGCACAACCUUUUGUGAUAUGUUUGGUUUAAUUGUGUGAAAAUAAUAUAACUACAACCUGAAGAGGCUCACUCUUUGGUCCGCAUGUCAAAAAACAUUCAAGCAUGAGAAUAAACCCGCCAUGACCUGGAUCAUGUUGAUUAAGCAUCAAAGGAAGAAAACGGACUGACUCGUGGAGGGACUACCUGGAUUUGUCCAAUAAGAAUACCUCAUUUUUGUUUUCCAUUGUGAAAUGUAUUAAAAUAUCUACCAUUGCAUGCCCAAUGAAUAUGACCUUUGUACAGUAACUGACCUUUCAGUGACCUCUGAACUGUGCCACUCCCUCCCCAGGCCCUGCCGUCGUUGGCUGACCUGCAGAUGGAGCACCGCUGUCUGAACCAAGCCUUGAGGGCCGAGCAGCAGCUUUACUCCAGCCUGGUCCGCACCGUCAAGGAACAAGACGGGUAA